AUGGCCGAAGCUGCCGAACAAGGCCAGCUUGCAGAGCUCAUCGCACAAGCCAGCUUACAAUACUCAUUAAAAAAUUACGAUGCAGCGGCGGAGUUGUACUCUGAAGCGACAGCGCUCCAAGCCGAGCUGAAUGGCGAGAUGGCGCCAGAGAAUGCUGACCUGCUAUACGCUUACGGACGAUGUCUCUAUCACGUCGGAGUAGCAAACAGCAACGUCUUGGGCGGCAAAGUAGCCGGAGAAAAGCCCUCAAACGAGAGCGCGAAGCCAAAGAAGAAGAAGAGCAGCGCAGCCGCAUCUGCGGCAGCACAAGAUGCGGUUGCGCCAUCCUCCGAGGCCCAAAAAGUUGCAGAGGAAAUCGUGACAAAGGUUGUUGAAGAAAAGGACGGACUGCAUCAAGAGCAACCACCCCAGCGGGAUUCCGCGUCGUCUACAACAGCAAACAAGCCAUACUUUCAAUUUACCGGUGACGAAAACUGGGACAGCGACGAGAGCGAUGCGGAAGAUGGCGAAGAGGACGAAGACGCCGAUGGCGAGGCCGACGCCGAAGCUGACGCAGAGGACGACGAUUUCGCUACUGCGUACGAGAUCCUUGACCUUGCGCGUGUCCUUUUACUACGGAAAAUCGAAGCAAUAAAAGAAGACGGCGGUGCAGCAGCAGCAGCGGAUCAAACAGACGAAAGCAAAGACAAGGGCAAGGGCAAGGGCAAAGAUAUAGGAGAGCAAGAGCCAGAGUCCGAGGAAGUCAAGCAAAUCAAAGAAAGACUGGCAGAUACACAUGAUCUACAGGCCGAGAUCUCGCUCGAAAACGAACGGUUUACAGACGCCGUGACAGAUUCCCGCGCAGCGCUGGAUCUGAAACGGGAACUGUUUCCGCCAGAGUCAAGUCUCUUGGCCGAAGCGCAUUUCAAACUUGCCCUCGCACUGGAAUUUGCGUCUGUGACUGCCCCUGCUCCUGCGGCUGAUGACGACAAUAAUCACGCUGCCCAUUCGACGGGCGAAGAGGCGCAGCAAGUCGACAUGGCAAUGCGCGAGGACGCCGCCAAAGAGAUGGAAGCCGCCAUUGAGAGCUGCCGUCUGCGCGUCAAAAAGGAGGAAGCCUCUCUCAGGUCGGACGACACCUCGCCCGCGGAAAAGGAGAAGCUGAAACGCGGCAUUGCCGAUGUCAAGGACAUGAUUCAAGAAAUGGAGCAACGUCUCCAAGACCUCCGCCAACCACCCAUUUCUCUCUCUUCCUCUGGAGACUUACUCCGCUCUGGCGGCUCUGGCCCCGCCGGCGCACCCGAUCCCACAGACGCCGACCCGCUGACCGGCAUCCUUGGCGCCGUCCUGGGCGAGUCUGCCGCCGAGCAACACGCCCGCGUCACCGCCGCCUCCGCCUCCGCGCGGGAUCUCACCGGCAUGGUACGGAAAAAGAAGCGGUCUCUCCCUUCGUCUUCCUCUUCUGCUCCUGAAGGUCAAGUAGAGGGCGGCAGCGGCGGGGAGAACGGCCACGGGGCUCAAGGAGAAGAAGAAGUAGAAAGCGGGAGUGCUUCCAAGAAGGCGAAAAAGUAA